AUAUAAUGUGUCACAACCACAUAUUGAAACGGCCAUCUCUAGUCGGAGUAAACCAACAUUCAACAGUUGAAAUCAUACAUCCACGAUAUAAAUAAACCAUUUGCUAUUCAUAUUCCCUUGUGAAAAAAAAAUGUAUUUCCUUGUUUACUAUCUCGUGAUCCACCUUUGUGUUUCCAUGCAUGCAUGCGAUUCUCGCCAUCUUGGAGUCUUCCACAAGGAACCCGGGAAAGAACUUCAUCUGAUUACUAGCAAGACACCAGAAAUAAGGGCUGGAAACGAAGGAAGAAACUGUAAUGAAACUAAUAUGGAAGAUAAGGAGUCCAAGCAUGAGUUUCCUUCAGAAGAACUGAAAAUGCAUAAAGGAAAUGAUAUCGAGUUAAAAGUUUCUCAAGAUGGAACCAAACCACAGGGAUGGAAGAAUCAUGCUCGUUUGACAAUGGAGUCCAAACAAAAGGAUUCGAAGGAAAAAAUAAAUAAUUCCAAGGAUAGCAGUGUUACUGAAGAUGUCGGAGUCAUGGACUAUGCACAGCCCCAUCGCAAACCACCAAUCCACAAUUUACAGCCCUAAAAGGCUAGAACUACUCUUGUCAAUUCUUCCUUAAAUAUCUAAUGUGGGUAUUGAUCAAGUAAGAGAAUCUAAGGGAGAUUGAUGAUAUAUACACAAGUAAUUUAAAAUAGUUAGUCAACAUAUAUAUACACUCUCUUGUACUCUAAGACUAUGCAUUCGGAGUUGUAAAACCCUUUUGGAGGGAAUAAUAUCAACUCUAGCAAUGCUUUGUUUCUAUUAUGUAUGAUAAGUUGUCCUAAAGUAGUAAUUGUAGUGGAUCAUUGUAUGGUCAUCACUUACAAUUAUGUCAUGUUGCAGUGUUAAAAUGUUCUAUUAAUAAACAAUUACAAUAUCAUAAAAUGAUGUGUGGUCCAUUGA